UAAAAGUGAAUUUCGCUAGCCUAUGUUGUUGAAAAUUACAGGUCCCACGUGCUGUGUGCUGACUCUCUUUGUAUUCUCGUGUUGAAGGAUAAACCUGAAAGAUUCGGAGAAAGGAAGUUAAUAGUUUGUUGAGUAUUAUAUUACUAUGUAAGCAGUGCUUUGUUGUUUUAAAAUGACGAGAAUUAUUGUUAAAAAUUUACCAAGUUCAGUAUCAGCACAGAAACUAAAAGACACAUUUAGUCUAAAAGGUCAAGUCACAGAUGUUCAACUCAAGUAUGAUAAGGAUGGAAACUUUCGACAUUUUGGAUUUAUUGGCUUCAAGAAUGAUACUGAAGCAGACUCAGCUUUAACAUAUUUCAACAAUACCUUUGUGGGAUCAUGUAAAAUUCAGGUUGAAAGGUGUGUAAACUUGGGAGAGAGUACUAAAGGGAAAAAAGAAAACAAGACUACUGAGGUUUUUCCUUCUCCUGUGCCUGUUAAAAAUGUUAAACCAACCAAAAAGCAGGAUACAAGUAAUAUACCUGAAGAUCCUGAAUUUGCAGAAUUUCGGGAAAUACAUUCUCGUGGCCAAAAAGACAAGAUUUGGGACAAUGAUGGUAUAGAUGGUUCAGUAACAAAACCUAUUUCAACAAAAAAUGGCAGUGAUGCAAAUGAAGAAGCUGAGCUAACAGACAAAAUUGCACACAAAAAGGAGCUUAGUGAUUUGGAGUAUCUUAAAUCGAAAGUUGUUCCAGGGGAGGAAGAGACUGAUAAAUCAUCAAAACUGUCUGUAAAAGAAGUGAAAAUCCCUAAGGAUUACAUGCAUCUGAAAGUCAGGGGGUUUUCUUGCCAAGUAAAGAAAAAGGACAUCAAAGAGUUUUUUGCUCCUCUCAAAUUAGAUUCGAUACGACUACCUCCUAAAGUCAAAGGUGUUGCAUACAUUGGAUUUUCUUCCGAAAAAGAAAUGAAAAAAGCCCUCAAUAAGCAUCGAAGUUUUCAUGGUAUCGCAAUUUCCGGUUUGCUUUUUGUCAAUUUGAUUUUCAUUCCAUUUAUUUUCCUAAAAGCUGGCCACAGGAUCAGUGUUGUAAAAUCUGAAAAAAAGACAAGUCUUAAUGAAGAUCCACAGAUCCAAAAGAAAAAUGAAGCAUGGGUUCGACAGGAAAACGACAUGAAGAAGGAAGAAACUGUGGCCGAGUCGGGAAGAAUUUUCAUUCGUAACCUCGCCUACACAGUGACAGAAGAGGACUUGGAAGCUCUCUUUUCUAGAUAUGGGCCUUUAGCCGAGACACACCUUCCAAUUGAUAAAUAUUCUCGAAAAAUUAAGGGCUUUGCCUUCGUGACGUAUGUCAUUCCAGAAAACGCCGUUAGAGCCUACACGGCUCUCGACGGAACUGCGUUUCAAGGGCGAAUGUUACAUUUAAUGGCAGGAAAACCGAAACCAAGCGAAGAAGAUGAUGACGAUGCCGAAGGAACUAGUUACAAGAAAAAGAAAUUGAAAGAAUUGAAAAGUAAAGCUGCCUCAGCACAUAAUUGGAACACCUUGUUUCUUGGCACUAAUGCAGUCGCUACCUUGAUGGCUGAACGUUAUUCUACUACGAAGGAGCAGGUUUUGUUGGAAAGCAGAGACGGUCAGCAGCAGCAACAGAGUGUAGCAGUGCGUUUGGCACUCGGCGAAACGCAGUUGGUUGCAGAGACAAAACAGUUUCUUCUUGCAAAUGGAAUCGAACUAAACGCCUUUCAAGAUGUACCAAAGCAGCGCUCCAAAACUGUGAUUUUGGUAAAAAAUUUGGACGCCCAAGCUAAUGUCGAAGAGCUUCGAGAUCUGUUUAGUCCUUUCGGUGAACUAGGCCGAGUUCUCUUACCUCCACGUGGCGUUACUGCUAUUAUUGAAUUUCUUGAACCAACCGAAGCUAAAGCAGCUUUUCGGAAGCUGGCCUAUUCAAAAUUUCGACAUAUGCCUCUUUAUCUGGAAUGGGCUCCAGUGGACGUUUUUCGAACGGCUGCUCAACGAUUGGUGUCUACACCUAUUGAAAAUAAACUGAAAGUUAAAGACGAGGGAGCCGUGGCCGCUUUGGAAGAAAAUAAUCCAAUUUCCUCGGAUAAAGUUGAAGAGCAACCUGAACAGGACACAACACUCUUCAUCAAAAACCUUAAUUUUAGUACAACCGAUGAAACAUUGCAUCAGCAUUUCGAGUCCUGUGGCCGAAUUUUUUCCGCAACCGUGGCGCGAAAAAAGGAUCCGAAAAAUCCUGGUCAAUAUUUAUCCAUGGGCUAUGGAUUUGUCCAGUUUUUAUCCAAAAAAUCUACGGUUACAGCUUUGAAAGAGUUGCAAAACUCCACGUUGGACGGACAUGUCAUUGAAUUGAAGCGGUCGAGUCGAGCUGAGAAUAAGGAAGAAACUCUUGCUACUGCAAGAAAAACUUCAUCAAAAAAUAAAGAACCAAUUUCCAGUAAAUUGCUGGUCAGAAAUAUUCCGUUUGAAGCCACCAUAAAAGAAGUGAAGGAACUAUUCAAGCCAUUUGGUGAACUGAAGGCUGUUCGCUUACCGAAAAAGAUGGCCGGAAAUGAAUCCCAUCGUGGAUUUGCGUUUAUUGAUUUUAUUACCAAGCAAGACGCAAAGAGGGCAUUUGAAAGUUUGUCGGCAAGCACACAUUUAUAUGGGCGACGACUGGUACUGGAGUGGGCAGCCAGCGAGGACACGGUUGAAGAUGUUCGGAGAAGAACUACCUCCCACUUUUCAGAAGGACCUCCGACGAAACGGAACAAGAAGUUGGAUUUAGCAAGCAACGGGCAAGAAUCUGACUGAGUUCUUUUGUUUGUCAGCAAAAGCUCUCUGUGUUCCACUAAACAACAUGUAAUACAACCUUUACGUUGUUUUUGGCCAACA